AUGCCUCUCUCAAGGCCAAGGUCUUUGAGCAUCGGCCGCCACAGCCGUAAGGCUUCUUCAUCGACAACGACCAGCACACUCUCCGACAGAACGGCCUCUUUCGGCUCGUGCAAUUAUCGAUCGACAAUCCUCGAACCGAACCACAUCAUCGUGGAAGAUCACCAGAUGGACGACGAAAGAUGGAGUCGUCUAGCUUUUGCUCUGGGCAUACCCUCUGGAGACUCCUGUUGUCCAAGUCCUGCAGCAACCAAGUUUGCCCAACAGAUUAACAGUCGAAGAACAGUGAGCAACAAAGAGAUGACGGAGCUCUUCAUACCGUUGCUCGUUUCAAUCGCGAAGGACCACGAAAACAUGAAGUGCCGGACCAACACAGCCUUCUAUCGUGAUGGUGUGCCUGACGAGGUACCUGAUUUUGAGAUCGAAGACGGUUGGAAGAUGCAGCUACCCACGCCACGGCCUGCAAUCACACUGGGGUAUUCCAAGACCUCAUUCACUCCUCAUCAACUCGAGCUCCAACAAGGCAUCAUUGCAAACAGCAAGGACGAGCCGUGCGAUCUCCACAAACUCUCUCAACCUGUGCCAGACGUCUACUGGCCCUUCUUUGUCGUGGAGGUGCUCGAAGAUUCGAUGCUUGCAACACGCAAUGCUUGUGCCGGAUCUGCGGCAACGUGCAACAACGCACUUAUGAUCUUCGCAGGUGCAGCACAAGAGCCACAGAAAGUUUACCAUGACAUGAACUUUCUGUGGAAUCUGAGCAAGGCUGCUCAAUCAUUUUCGCUCGCCGUUAAUGGCAAAACGGCUUGCCUGAAUACGCACAACUCCGAAGGUUGUCUCCCUCAUGCUGUGGCUGUCAUACGCACAUACCGACUUGACGACGAAAGCGAAGUCGAGGCUCUGGCUGCAAGAAUAGGCAGUAUAUUUUAUUGGGCGGAAAACUGCAGGCUUCACUCGAUAUACGAUCUGCUGACCAACUUUGACAAGCGAGUCCAACUCGCGCGAAAUACCGCCAACAAAUCUGAAGACUGGUAUGCACCCUCAGAGCUUGCCAAUUUUGGCGUUGUGCCCAAAUCACGCAUGACAAUCAUCAGAGAAGUCUUAGCAGAGAGCUUGCCUAGUUGGGCAAGGAUGUAUUAG